GGCGUGGCCUGGAUGCGCGGGCGCCAGGGGCUGCACGUCCUCAGACCAAACUACAACUCCCAGGACGCACUAGGCGCUGCCGCCCACGCGACGUCACGGCGGCGGAGGCGCAGGCGGCUGGGCUCCCGGCGGGUGGACUGUUCGAGCCCUUCCGCUGGGACCCGGGCCCUGGCUCCGGCCCCGCGAUGGGAGCGCCCUCCGAGGGCUGAGCCUGUCAGCAUCCUCGAUGCACCCUGGUCCCUGAAGUCGGAGAAGAGCCCCUACCCACCUACACCCCCUUGCGCCAUUUCGGGUCACCUGGGUCCUCAGCCCUAGCGGCCACCAGAUCUGAAAGGAGCAGGACGAUGAUCCUGGCGUCGGUACUGGGGAGCGGCCCCCGGGGCGGGCCUCCGCUCCGGCCCCUCCUGGGGCCCACACUCGCGCUCCGGGCCCGCUCGACGUCAGCCACCGACACACACCACGUGGAGAUGGCUCGGGAGCGCUCCAAGACCGUAACCUCCUUUUACAACCAGUCUGCCAUCGACGCGGCAGCGGAGAAGCCCUCAGUCCGCCUCACGCCCACCAUGAUGCUCUACUCCGGCCGCUCUCAGGACGGCAGCCACCUUCUGAAAAGUGCUCGUUACCUGCAACAAGAACUUCCAGUGAGGAUUGCUCACCGCAUCAAGGGCUUCCGCUGCCUUCCUUUCAUCAUUGGCUGCAACCCCACCAUACUGCACGUGCACGAGCUAUACAUCCGUGCCUUCCAGAAACUGACAGACUUCCCUCCGAUUAAGGACCAGGCGGACGACACCCACUACUGCCAGCUGGUGCGACAGCUGCUGGAUGACCACAAGGAUGUGGUGACCCUCUUGGCAGAGGGCCUGCGUGAGAGCCGGAAGCACAUAGAGGAUGAAAUGCUCGUACGCUACUUCUUAGACAAGACGCUGACUUCGAGGCUUGGAAUCCGCAUGUUGGCCACGCAUCACCUGGCGCUGCAUGAGGACAAGCCUGACUUUGUCGGCAUCAUCUGUACUCGUCUCUCACCAAAGAAGAUUAUUGAGAAGUGGGUGGACUUUGCCAGACGCCUGUGUGAGCACAAGUAUGGCAAUGCGCCCCGUGUCCGCAUCAAUGGCCACGUGGCCGCCCGGUUUCCCUUCAUCCCUAUGCCACUGGACUACAUCCUGCCGGAGCUGCUCAAGAACGCCAUGAGGAUCUCAGACCGUGGUGGAGGAAUCGCUCACAAAGAUCUGGACCGGGUCAUGGACUACCACUUCACUACCGCUGAGGCCAGCACACAGGACCCCCGGAUCAGCCCCCUCUUUGGCCACCUGGACAUGCACAGUGGCGCCCAGUCAGGACCUAUGCACGGGUGAGACCCUGUCAGGCCAGGAUGGAGGGGUGGGGGACCCCAGGAGACUCAAGCCUCUGAAGCCUCCUGUCCUGUCCCCCUGCCCACCACCAGCUUUGGCUUCGGGUUGCCCACGUCACGGGCCUACGCGGAGUACCUCGGUGGGUCUCUGCAGCUGCAGUCCCUGCAGGGCAUUGGCACGGACGUCUACCUGCGGCUCCGCCACAUCGAUGGCCGGGAGGAAAGCUUCCGGAUCUGACCCCACAGCCUUUGGCCUGCUCACCUGACCAGCCUGGGCCGCAUUCCCUGCAGGACCUCCUGGGUCAGGCAGGGUGGCCUCCUGCUCCACACGCUGCUGCAUCUUGGGUCUCAGGGUCCCAGACAGAUGGACUUACAUGGAGCUGGGCACCGCCCCGCCUCAAUAGGGUCCAUUGUCUCCUCGCCUCCAGACCUUGGAGAGGGGAAGUGGGCACCCUGAGGCCUCCAGCACCAGCUCCGUCAUUCUCGUUCCUGGGGAACCCCCACUCUGACCUGUCGUUUGUUAUUAAAGUUCACAUUUUGAAUGCCC